UUUUGUCAGCGCAUGGUUAUGUGGAUGUUGCCAUGGUGGUGUCUGCAACGUCUAGUUUGUCUGUAGAAAUGGCGGCGAUUCCAUUGAGUGCGCAUUUUCAUGAUUCCUGCCUCAAUAGUUGAAUUAAUGACACCAAACACGUUCAUUUACAAAGCACAUUCAAGCAAAGACCGCGAUUGUUGGGAUAGCCGCUUCCAUAAUUUCUACUAAAGUUGUUAAAUCAACCAGAGGUGCUCUUAAAAUAAAUGUCACCCACAAAUUAAUAACAUAUUCGUGUGUGUUUUGAGUGGAAGAAACGGAACGGAAGCUAUUACGUGUUGUUUCCCAUUGCAGCGGCGCACACAUGCGGUUACGCAAGUCGCUGUGCUGCUUUCAGGUACAGCUCGUAGGCUCGUAAUUCCUCAUAUCUUAGCUCCAUCGUCAUCCAUAUCGUCAAAAGCAACCUCUCAUCAGGCAACUAAUCAGUGUUGAGAGAACCCUUUUUACUUAAUGUUUUGUAUCAUGUGAUAAAGCAUCUCAUUUUAAUUUCGCAAACGUUAACUGGUGUAUGAGGCAUCAAUAUUACAACCCCGUGUAGAAAUCACGAAGGCAACUCAAGUCUCCCUGACAGUGGACAGCAACAACCGGAGACUAAAUUAUCACACACGUUCUGUAUUAAUAAACCUUAUCGGUUGCCGACACAACAUUUUGCGAAAUGAUUUCUGAACUGUCCAAUCCGUCGGUGUGCAUGAGGGACCCCAAGAGAGUCCAGGAGAUUCUGGAGUCCAUGCUGAAGGCGGGUUCGAACACGCUACAGGUUAUCUCAGACUUCGACAUGACUCUGACAAGAUUUGCGUAUAAUGGCAAACGAUGCCCCACCUGUCACAAUAUUCUCGACAACAGCAAGCUGAUCUCUCAAGAGUGCAAAGGGCAGGUGUGCACGAAGCCGACUUUGAAUUCUCGCGUAUAAAAUACAGAAUGACAACAUUUUACAUGUCACUGUGGCUUCAGUUGAAGGAUCUGUUGAACAAGUACUACCCCAUCGAGAUCGACUCGUCGCGCUCCAUCGCCGAGAAGCUGCCGCUCAUGGUGGAGUGGUGGACCAAAGCGCACGAGCUGCUGGUGCAGCAGAACAUCCGGAAGGACCUGCUGGCCGCGGUGGUGCGGGAGUCCGACGCCAAGCUCAGGGACGGCUACCAGCUGUUCUUUUCGCAGCUGCACCAGCACAGCAUCCCGCUGCUCAUCUUCUCCGCCGGCAUCGGGGACAUCCUGGAGGAGGUCAUCCGCCAGGCCGGCGUCUUCCACCCCAACGUCAAGGUCUUCUCCAACUACAUGGACUUCGACCAGGCGGGGGUGCUGAGAGCCUUCAAGGGCGAGCUGAUCCACAUCUACAACAAACGGGAGGGGGCCCUGCUCAACACGGGUCACUUCCAGGAGCUGCGAGCCCGGCCCAACGUCCUGCUGCUGGGCGACUCCCUCGGCGACCUCACCAUGGCCGACGGCGUGCACAACAUGGAGAACGUCCUCAAGAUCGGCUUCCUCAACGACAAGGUGGAGGAGCGGAAGCAGUCGUACUUGGACUCUUACGACGUCGUGCUGGUGAAGGACGAGACCCUGGACGUGGCCAACGCUGUGCUGCUCUACCUCACGGGAAACAAGUGACACACCCCCCCCCCCUCCGCCGCCCCCACACUCGAUGUUUUGGGCCACGUUGGACACUCCCGCGUCACUUUUCGACUUUUUUUUUUUUUUUUUUACCAAAAGUCAUUCUGUCCACGCUCUCCUUCCAUUUCGUCAACACGGCAGGAAACAUUUUGUUGUUUGUUUGUCAAUAGGACUCUCUUAUUCUUUAACGCUCCGCACUGUAACGUACACAGGAAGUGUUGCCACCUUCAAAUUAAAUGUGCUGUCGAUUUGUCACCUUUGUACGGGGAAAACAUCUUUAUUUAAAAUGUUACUUGCAAAGGCGGCUGGUAAAGCGUCGGCCCCACAGUUCUGAGGUCCCGGGUUCAAUCCGCCACUCCCGCGACCCUCGUGAGGAUAAGCGGCUAAGAAAAUGGAUGGAUGUUUUCUUGCAAAAUACUCUCUCUGGAUACAAUAUAACAUCCAACAUACGAAUGAUGGAAGAGAACGUUCCAAUUAUGGCCUUAGCAAUAUGGAUUUUUCUUUUUCUUUCUAUUUUGCAAAAUAAGAGAAGUGCAGUAUUUAUAACAAGGUUUUGGCAAAUACUCCAAUUCUGACCCUUCAAGGUUUUCAAGUAGUUCCCGUCAAAACAUUUCUUUUUUUAUUUCUAAAAUAGUGCACAGCACCCUUCGCUAUUAAGAUUACACAACAUAGAUUUUCAUAGAAGUAAAAAAAAAAAAAAGUACGUACAUGGCGAACAGAAAUGAGGAAAUUUAAGCCAAAUUUAACUCGCAGACGAGAAAGAUGAAAUCAACGCAAAGAAAACAAAAUGGCUGAUUGGAAAGCUUGGCACAAAAAGUGAGGACUACUAAUGCGAUACUUCGCCUUGGAUGUUUUGAAUCACACCUUGCGAAAAUUUGAGUGCGCCGUCCAGUGAACAAAAAAAAAUAAAAAUAAAAACAUUCAAAAGUGCUAUGUGGCCAGCUGGAGCUGAGAAAGAAAUAUACCAAAUAUAUUUGCAAUGAUUAAAAAAAAAAAAGAUUUUUAUCGUCAUACCUCUGGUUGCUAUUUAACAGCGUAGCGGGUUUCAUACUUUUUAAACCUGAGUUAAGUUCUUAAAUUAGGUUUUCAUAUUAAGAGUCACUGAUGGUGUAGUGGUACACACGCCUGCCUUUGGUGCGGGCAGCGUGGGAUCGAUUCCCGCUCGGUGAUUGUGUCGAUAUCUGACUGGCAGGGUGUAGUCCGCCUUUCACUUGAAGCUUGCUUGUGAGGAUAAGCGGCAUGGAUAAUGACAUGAGGUAUUAUUAGGGCUUGGGCAAGGGUUUCAAGGUGCUUGUUUGAAAUACGCAAAGUGGAAUUCUCUUUGUUUGAUGUUUAGUUUGACAGUACAAUGACUUGCAGUACUUUUUUUUUUUUUUUU